CUGAUGAAGAUCACAGAGAACUUCCUGAGGAGAAUGAAGCAGGAGGAGCUGGCUGAUCGACUGCAGAGCAGUAAGUGGGGUUUUUUUGAAGUCCAAUCUGGUCAGAAGAAGAAGUUCCAGUGUAUGUUUGAGGGGAUAGCUAAAGCAGGAAACCCAACCCUUCUGAAUGAGAUCUACACAGAGCUCUACAUCACAGAGGGAGGAACUGGAGAGCUGAAUGAAGAACAUGAGGUCAGACAGAUUGAAGCAGCAUCCAGGAAAGCAGACAGAGCAGAAACCAGCAUCAGACAAGAAGAGCUCUUUCAACUCCCAGCUGGAAGACAAGAACCAAUCAGAACCGUCAUGACAAAGGGAGUGGCUGGCAUCGGGAAAACAGUCUUAACACAGAAGUUCACUCUGGACUGGGCUGAAGGCAAAGCCAACCAGAACAUCCACUUCACAUUUCCAUUCACUUUCAGAGAGCUGAAUGUGCUGAAAGAGGAGAAGUUCAGCUUGGUGGAACUUGUUCAUCACUUCUUCCCUGAAACCAAAGAAGCAGGAAUCUGCAGCUUUGAAGACUUCCAGAUCAUCUUCAUCUUUGAUGGUCUGGAUGAGUGUCGACUUCCUCUGGACUUCCACAAGACUCGGAUCCUAAAUGACCCUAGAAAGUCCACCUCAGUGGGUGAUCUGCUGACAAACCUCAUCAGGGGGAACCUGCUUCCCUCUGCUCGCCUCUGGAUAACCACACGACCUGCAGCAGCCAAUCAGAUCCCUGCUGAGUGUGUUGACAUGGUGACAGAGGUCAGAGGGUUCAAUGAUCCACAGAAGGAGGAGUACUUCAGGAAGAGAUUCAGAGAUGAAGAGCAGGCCAGCAGGAUCAUCUCCCACAUCAAGAGAUCCCGAAGCCUCCACAUCAUGUGCCACAUCCCAGUCUUCUGCUGGAUCACUGCUGCAGUUCUGGAGGAUCUGCUGAAGAGCAGAAGGAGAGGAGAGCUGCCCAAGAGCCUGACUGAGAUGUACAUCCACUUCCUGGUGGUUCAGGCCAAAGUCAAGAAGGUCAAGUAUGAUGGAGGAGCUGAGACAGAUCCUCACUGGAGUCCAGAGAGCAGGAAGAUGAUGGAGUCUCUGGGAAAACUGGCUUUUGAGCAGCUGCAGAAAGGAAACCUGAUCUUCUAUGAAUCCGACCUGACAGAGUGUGGCAUCGAUAUCAGAGCAGCCUCAGUGUACUCAGGAGUGUUCACACAGAUCUUUAGAGAGGAGAGAAGCCUGUACCAGGACAAGGUCUUCUGCUUCAUCCAUCUGAGUGUUCAGGAGUUUCUGGCUGCUCUUCAUGUCCACCUGACCUUCAUCACCUCUGGACUCAACCUCAUGGAGGAAGAACAAUCACAGAUCUCUCAACCUGAACUGAGCAGUCCAGUCCAGUUCUACCAGAGUGCUGUGAAUGCGGCCUUACAGAGUCCAAACGGACACCUGGACUUGUUCCUCCGUUUCCUCCUGGGUCUUUCACUGCAGACCAAUCAGAGUCUCCUACGAGGUCUGCUGACUCAGACAGGAAGUAGCUCACAGACCAAUCAGGAAACAGUCCAGUUCAUCAAGAAGAAGAUCAGUGAGGAUCUGUCUGCAGAGAAAAGCAUCAACCUGUUCCACUGUCUGAAUGAACUGAAUGAUGGUUCUCUAGUGGAGGAGAUCCAACAGUUCCUGAGUUCAGGACGUCUCUCCACAGAUGAACUGUCUCCAGCUCAGUGGUCUGCUCUGGUCUUCAUCUUACUGUCAUCAGAAGAAGAUCUGGAAGAGUUUGACCUAAGGAAAUACUCUCGUUCAGAGGAGGCUCUUCUGAGGCUGCUGCCAGUGAUCAAAGCCUCCAACAAAGCUCUACUGAGUGGCUGUAACCUGUCAAAGAAAAGCUGUACAGCUCUGUCCUCAGUUCUCAGCUCUCAGUCCUCCAGACUCAGAGUUCUGGACCUGAGUUUCAACAACCUGCAGGAUUCAGGAGUGAAGCUGCUCUCAGGAGGACUGGAGAGUCCACACUGUAAACUGGAGACUCUCAGGUUGGUGAACUGCAGAUUAUCAGAGAUGAGCUGUAAAGGUUUGUCGUCAGCUCUAAACAAGAACCCGUCCAAUCUGACAGAACUGGACCUGAGCUGGAACAGGAACCUGAAGGAUUCAGGAGUUCUUGAUCUGUGUGGUUUUCUGGAGAGUCCAGCCUGCAGACUGCAGAUUCUGAGGUUGGUGGACUGCAGAUUAUCAGAGAUCAGCUGUAAAGUUUUGGCGUCAGCUCUAAAGAAGAACCCGUCCAAUCUGACAGAACUGGACCUGAGCGAUAACGACAACCUGCCGGAUUCAGGAGUUCUUGAUCUGUGUGGUUUUCUGGAGAGUCCAGACUGCAGACUGCAGACUCUGAGUUAUGUGACGAAACAAAGCGUUCUCAAGGCCGCCUGGACAAAGAAGGUCAUCCAAUUGGAAGAUAACCGGAUCUACUUUGAUGAAGAUUUCACCCCGGCGAUCUACAAGGAAAGUGGAAAGUACAAGGAUGUGCACCGAGUUUUACGGGAGAGGAAGAUAAAGCACCACAUCGUUUCUCCAGCCAGACUGAAUAUUUUCUGUGAGGAUGGCAAAAUUAAAAUCUACGACAACCUGUCUGCCGCCUCGAAUGGACUGCGCGAGUUCGGAUUAGAGAUGGAUCCACCGGCAGAGGAACCG